AUGUCCGUGUGUCAUCGCUUUACAAGUGGUGAUCAGACCGAAUGUUCUCAGUCUGGCUCAAGAUAUCAUAAGGAAAAUAUAUUUGAGAUGGCUGUAAGUGUUGCUAAAAAGCGGAAAUACAACGCUGAAUACAUUAACUACGGAUUUACAUCAAUCCUCGCUGAUGGCAUCGAGAAACCUCGGUGUGUGUUGUGUUUCAAAGUGCUGGGGAACGAUUCCAUGAGGCCUACGGCCCUGGGGAAGGUUCUGGCACGCAGAGAUCCACUCUCAGAGAAAAGGUCCAUUAAGCUCCUCACUCGAGCGACAGCCGCCGAUGUCUUGGUACAGCAGGAGAAACACCGGAGCACAGACGGAGGAGAUGAACUGACGGUCGUGGAAGCCGAGGCAGUGUUGGAUGAGUCAACGGAUGUGAGUUCUUGUGCACAACUACUCGUGUUUGUUAGGUAUGUAUUCUUGCGUGAUAUCAAGGAUGAAUAUCUGUUCUGUGCACAGCUUGAAACUACCACAACAACUUUAGAUGUGAUGGAAAAGUUGACUUCUUUCUUCACAGCUAACGGGAUCACCUGGGAAAAUUGUUGUGAAGUCUGUACUGAUGGGGCUCCGGCAAUGCUGGGAUCGAAAUCAGGGUUACAGAAGCAAGUCAAGGAAGGAGCUCCGAGUGCCAAAGGGGUUCAAUUUAUUAUCUAUCGUUUUGCACUGGCGUCAAAAACCCUCCUCCCUGAUGCCCUUUGCAAGAUCCUGGAGGCAGUGGUAAAAUGCGUCAACUUUGUGAAAACAGGAGAUUUGAACUCUCGCCUUUUCCAAACCUCUGUAGAGGCAUGGAUUCAGAGCAUGAAACCCUCUUCUUUUACUCUAGAAUGCGAUUGCUUUCCACGGCUCCAGAACUGGCAAAGGAAAGUCAGUGCAGCAAAUGUUGCCAUGUUUGAGAAUCUCUCAACUGUUCUUGACGAGAUUGAAGAGGAUCAUCUACUUGACCCAUCACUCAAAAAUGAAAUAAUUCAGCUCUUGAAAUCCUUGGAAAGUGAGCUCAAAAGGUACUUCCUAGAAUUCGAGGAGGAAGAAGGGAAAUUGAUGAGGAAUCCUUUCACUGGCAUUCCCGACGAUGGUCAGGACGAAUUCCUUAAUUUCAGGAACGAUUCUCCUGCCAGAGACCUCUAUGAAGAAAAAUCUCCGACUGUAUUCUGGUGCUCAAUGUAUCAGUCAUAUCAAAAGUUCAAGAAUCACACGCUGUUUGCUGAGCAGUUUAACUUCAACAAACACCCACCCACGUUAAUAUUGGUUGUACAUCAGUGA